UGGUCCAAUAAAAAACUAAAUUUUGUAAAAUGUAGUAUUUGAUUAUCAUAAUAUCACAUCCAGCACCUACAACGGCAAUUCCGGAACAUGUUCUUAAUAAGAUGCACAAAGUUAACUACACAUGGCUAUCACUACCCUUUCAUAAAGCAAGGUGCAUUCCAUGAUAGUGCCAGAGAUUAAGGAGUCAAAUGUCAAAAGCCCUAGUGGUGCAAAUAUAUAGCCCCCCGUCUAUGGUUGAAUCUUUAAUCCUUCUUAUCCCACUAAACACCCCCUCCUCUCAUCCUUCAUAAGUUGUACGUAUCCUCCUUCCUCACAGCACCUCACCCUCACCCUCACCCAGCCAAAACCACACACAACACCAAAGGAUUUCACAUCAACAACACACAUGAUCAUGGCUAUGUGGAAGCCAGCAUGGUUAGAGGCCCUGAACACACAGAAGUUCUUCAUAGCAUGCUCUUUCCAUGAGCAUGCGAAGAAGAAUGAGAAGAACAUCUGUUGCCUUGACUGCUGCACCAGCAUCUGCCCACACUGUGUGGCAGCACACCGUGUGCACAGGCUACUGCAGGUGCGGCGCUACGUCUACCAUGAUGUUGUCCGGCUGGAGGACCUUGAGAAGCUGAUCGAUUGCUCCAGUGUUCAGUCAUACACAAUUAACAGCUCAAAGGUCGUUUUCCUGAAGAAAAGACCACAGAACAGGCAAUUUAAAGGGUCAGGGAAUAUCUGCACCUCUUGCGAUAGAAGCCUCCAAGAACCCUAUUUCCACUGCUCUCUGGAUUGCAAGGUGGAAUAUAUAUUACGGCAAAAGAAAGACCUGUCAGCAUACUUGCGUCCAUGCAAGACCUUGCAGCUUGGUCCAGAUUUCUUCAUUCCUCAUGAUGCUGAUGAUGAGACAACGCACUCAACCCUUGUUGAUGUUGACGAGCCCAUGGGAUCAUCAGACUCAGAGAAUUUGAGUGCACCAUGCCCAAAUUUUGUCCGAAAGAAGCGGAGUGGACCAUAUAUCUGUGCACGAUCUGCAAACCGAGUUUCUGAUGAUGAUAUGGCAACAAACAUGAGCAGAAGAAAAGGUGUUCCUCAUAGAUCACCUUUGUGCUGAUAAAAGAUCAAUAAUUAAAUAGUUUUUUUCCCUUUUUUUUGCUUUUUUUGAGUUCUUUAUCUCUUGGACAAAGCUGGUGCACUAUUGACAGAAUUUUGUCUCCAUGGAACCCUGUGAUUUCAAUGUACAUCACCAGAGGCAAUUGUACUCAAAUUCUUCAUGUA